ACUUCGCAUCUCUCCCGAAGAUGAUUACUAUUUACAUGCAGCAGUACGCAAGUUUAUGCUGUCCUAAUCACACAUUUAAAGUUAUUUAACAUUUUUAAAUCGAUAAAUUAGUUGAAAUUUGACUUAUUCUAACUUAUUACCUAUCUCCCACCACUAUGCACCCCGCCAUAUUGAAUCGGGUGGACAGUCAUUAAGUAAUUUUGUGUUGUCCGAGUCACACGUAUCCAUAUUUGCGCAAAGUUCGAAGAAAUGGGGAAAAGAAAACGAGCUGAAAGUGAUAUGGUAAAUAGAAUAUUUAAAAAGUUAGUGAAAAGAAGAAAAAGAAUUAUUUCAUCAUCGUCAUCGUCCGAAGACUCGUCGAAUCAAGAUAGUUUGUUAUCACCCACGACAGAAGCUUCAGCUGGUGACCGAGAAAUUCAAGACGAAGUCCCAUUUGAGCUACCAAUGGAAGGCCAGCUAAUAGAGGAAAAUGACGAGUUGGAUCCAGAGAUAUUGCAACUAUUGGGCUCAGACCCGACACAAGACAAAUCUUUUGGAGAAAACAUACACAAAGAUUUAGCUUCACGAUGGAAACAUAUUUUGACUAACGGGUUGCUUAAGGAAGAGAAAAUUGAUCUCCUAAAACGAUACCUACCACCUGAAAACUGUUUAUAUAUGAAAGCACCUAUUCUAAACUCUGAAAUAAAAUCUGCAUUAUCCGAGAUUAACGUUAAGAGGGAUGUUUAUAGUGAACAAAAGCAAAAUCAAAUGUCAAGCUGUAUCUCUGCCAUCGGCAAAGCACUGAACUUGAUCUUAGCUCAAAAAGAAAGUUCUCAAGAAGUUAUAAAAACUUUGAGUGACGCCGGGCGAUUGCUAUGCGACACUCACUACAGAGAAUCCCUCUCUAGACGCUUUGCAAUUGUCAACUGUAUUAGUAAACAAAAAAGAGACGUAAUUAAAAAUACAAAAAUAGAUAACUAUUUGUUUGGUUCAAAUUUGUCUGAACACUUAAAGUCAUCAAAAGCUAUAUCAACUUCCGCAUCAGAGUUGAGAUUUAACAGCGCUAAAACGAAUCAGCUUCGCUCACAACCGAUCUACUCGGCUCGCAACCCGGUUACUUUAAACGCACGGGGGGCACCGCGAGCACCAGCUGCCGAGACGCGAGUGUACCCGGGCCAGCAUCGGCAGCCGCCGGCGCGAGCGCCAGCGCCCGCGCCGCGCGACUACCGACGUGCGCCGCCUCCGCCGACGACUCACCGCUCGAGAUACUACGCGUCAAGUCGCCGACGCUAAUUCCUUCGCAACAGGUACACAACGCAGUGACGUAUAAACCUACAGCCGGCAGACUUCAGUAUUUUCUGUCUGAAUGGUUGCAGAUUACGAAUGAUAAUACUAUUUUGUCCUGGAUUAAAGGUUAUAAAAUUCCCUUCCAUAGUGCUCCUUAUCAAAUAGAUAAAGUCAAAAGUAGGUCAUAUUCUUCCGAAGAAAUAAACAUAAUCAAUGAGUGCGUUGCGGAAUUAUUAGCCUUAGGUUUUGUUUCGACUUGUUUUCAGUCUGAAAAACAAUUCAUCUCACCAAUUUUUACAGUUCCUAAGCCAAACGGAAAGCACCGGUUUAUAUUAAAUUUAAAAAAAUUAAAUAAAUUCAUUUAUAUUAAUCACUUUAAAAUGGAAGACUAUCGCACUGCAAUAAAAUUGAUUAAUAAAGAUAGUUUCAUGGCCACGAUAGAUAUAAAGGAUGCAUAUUUUUUACUACCAGUUGCUCUAAGUGACAGAAUAUACCUCCGGUUCAUGUGGAACAAUCAACUAUUUGAGUUCAACGUUUUACCGUUUGGCCUCUGCACUGCUCCUUAUGUCUAUACAAAGUUACUAAAACCUGUUCUCCACCAUUUACGCUUGUUAGGCCAUUUAUCAGUUAAUUUUCUUGACGAUUUUUUAUGCAUUGGGAAUACGUUUCAGAGUUGUAAAGAUAACGUACAAGCAACAAAAAACUUACUUAUAAAAUUAGGAUUUUUAAUCAAUGAUGUUAAAAGUCAAAUUUACCCACAUAAAAGAUGUUUAUUUUUGGGUUUUAUUUUUGAUUCAUCUAAAAUGUAUUUGACUUUACCUGUUAGUAAGAAAAAACGUAUAAAAUCAUUUACAAAUAAAUUAUUAAAUACAAAACAAUGCACUAUCAGAAAACUUGCUAGUUAUGUUGGUUUGUUAACGUCUGCGUGUCCCGCAGUCGACUAUGGAUGGGUUUAUACAAAAAUGUUUGAAAGAGAAAAAUUUUUAGCCCUCAACUAUUCUAAUAAUUAUAACAAGUAUGUAACCUUAUCUGAACAUUUAAAAGAUGAUUUCAUAUGGUGGAGAGAUCACAUAGACUCUGCCAGUAGUUCAUUUCAAAUCGAAGACUAUUCGAUUACAGUGUAUAGCGAUGCAUCUCGUUCAGGAUGGGGUGCAGCCUGUAAUGAUGAGACAGCUCAUGGAGACUGGGAUAAUUCACAAUUAUCACUGCACAUUAAUACUCUUGAACUACUUGCAGCCUAUUAUAGCCUCAAAAUCUUUGCGUCACAACUUAGUAAUUGCAAUGUUUUGAUGAGGAUCGAUAAUACCACAGCUAUUGCGUAUAUUAAUAAAAUGGGUGGAAUACAGUUUACACAUCUGAACAAAAUAGCACGUGACAUAUGGCAAUGGUGCGAGAAACGCAAUUUACAUAUUUUCGCAUCUUAUAUUCAAUCUAAUAGGAACAUAGUCGCAGAUUUUGAAUCUCGUCGAACAUUUAAUUUAGAUACUGAAUGGGAACUAGCUGAUUACGCGUUUAGUCAGAUAAAAAAAUAUUUUGGUACCCCUAAAUUUGAUUUAUUUGCCAGUAACCAAAAUCACAAAUGUCAGAGGUACGCCUCAUGGAAAUUAGAUCCUAAUUCUGAAAUUAUUGACGCAUUUACUUUCAAAUGGGAAAACAUAAAGUUUUAUGCCUUUCCACCGUUUAGCUUAAUUUCUAAAGUUUUACACAAAAUUAAAUGCGACAAGACAGAGGUCAUUGUUGUAGUACCAUACUGGCCCGCUCAACCGUGGUAUCCGAUAUGGACUAGUCUGCUGGUUUCGGAAGUUCUAUAUUUUCAACCUAAUGAAAAUUUGCUCAUUUGCCCUUUCAGGGAGCAUCACCCUCU